GCCUGAAGAUAAGGUGAAAAUCUGUAGAUUGGAACAAUGCCGGCUUUGAUGCAGCAGCUAAAUGCACGGGCGUGGCCGCCAGUGGCGCCCUCGUCGUGGCCUUCCUCGCGCGCGCUUUGGAAUCACUGUGGAGGUGGAGCGAUUGGAUUGAAUGUAAAUUUGGUGCAAACACAUUCUAGGGAAACGCGGAUUUGGCAACGAAGCUCCAGUUUUGCGAGGCUUUUGGCUGCCGCUGCUGUGGACACGAAAUGGCUUCUCGAGCCCAUAGGAGAUGGUGAUUGCCGCCACAUAGGCGAAGAAGUUCCUCUGCCAAGUGCAUUUGAGCUCUCUACUGAUGCUGCCACGGUGGGACGUGUGGCUGACAAGGCAGACAUUGUAAUUCCAGUUGGAACAGUUUCUGGAUUACAUGCCCGGCUUGAGAAGAGAGAUUCGAUGCUUAUGGUAACUGAUUUAGACAGUACCAACGGGACCUUCGUUAAUAACAGGAGAGUGAGACCUGGAGCUGUCACUCCGGUUCCCCCAGGCAGCUCAAUCACAUUUGGUGAUGAGCAUUUAGCUCAAUUUAAGGUUUCCAUGAUUGAGAAAGGAGAAGAGAACACUGAGUCGAUCUACAUAGAAGCUCAGUUUACCGAAGCUGAGGAUUAAGCUCUGUCUGUCAUUUUUCAAGACAUAAGUCCUUUACCCUUUAUUAAUUUAGUAGUUUGUAAUUUAGCCUUUUAUGAUUAAAGUUUUUAACCAGGGUAUUUGUCCUAAA